CCAAACGAAGUGUAAAAGAAAAACGAGUCUAUGUGAAAAAUUGAAUCAGCUGAAAACCCUAAACCACGACUCCUGCAUAUUAAUUUCAUCAGACUCCUUCUCUUUCAGUCUUUCGUUGAGAGAAUCAUGAAAAGACCAUGGAGUGACAAAGAAGAUGAUUCAUCGGAUGAUGAAUCAUCAUCAAAUGAUACUGGAUCAGAAUCUGAGGAUGGACCAGGAAAAUCAAAGUCUUCACGAAAAUCUUCUGAAGUUUAGCUCCUUAUCUGCAGUAAAAUCUGUGAAACGGAAAGGUGGUGGGAUUGAUUUUGAAGCUUUGAGCCGUCAUGGUUAUAAAGGAGGCCUAUCAGUUCUGAAAGUGCCUCCACCAAAGGAGGAGCCAAAUCGAGACUGGACAUGGUCUACCGGCAAGGAAAGGGCUGGAGAUCGGGAUAUUGAGGAAUCAUACAAAGAGCGCCAGAAAACAAGAGCUUCAUUAGCAGAUGGUGAAGAGCUUGCAACUGCUAUAACUCAGAAAGAUAAGAAGAGUUUUGCCCAGAAGGAAAAGCGAAAGAGAGACCUUGGCCAGACUAGUAGAGGAAAGAAUUAUGUUGAAGAAGAAAAAAGGUUGUUAAGGGAAAGCGGUGUAUAUUCCGGUUUUGAUAUCUGAAGCAAGAAGAGAAAAAAAUUGUUUUCCAUGUUGACUGCUCGUCCUGCUUUACAUAUGCAGGGCACGAAGACACGUUCAUAUAGAACAAGUCCUAUGAGCAUGGUCCCAAUGCUGAAUAUGGAUAGGCUUGCAGGAGGAAUUUGAAAUGUGGAGGUGAGGUGACGGUCCAUGGUUCGAGCUUGUUGGAGUACGAAGCUGUGUUGAUGAGAUGACGCGGUUACUAGCAGAAUCCCGGCUGCCCAGAUCGGCAACACCCGGAUGAUAGAUUUUAGCUCCUCUACUCUAUGGACUGUGGCCAAAUUCCAUAAGUUUAGUGGUUUUGAAUCUUUUGCCUGUCCUUGUACUAUUGCUGCUUUGUCCAGCCACCUACAAAUCAAAAAACAAUUAAUGUAUGAUUUUUUUAUAUGUAAUUUAUGAUGUUACUAUCAAA